GCCCUGCUGGGACCAUGUCCGUGACCUUCGCCCUCUUGCUCCUCCUGAGCCAGGCCACCUCAGACCCCUGCUACCACCCGGGGGGCCGCCCCCGCUUCUGCCUCCCGCCCGUGACCCAGCUGGCUGGCGUGGCGGCCUCCUGCCCCCAGGCCUGCACUCUCUCCACAGGGGCCGAGGGCAGCAGGGCCACCUGCAAUGGCAGUGUGACCCUGGCCCUGGGGGGCUCCUUCCUCCUGGCGUCCGUCAGCCUGCGCUUCUGCACCCCAGGACCCCCAGCCCUGGUCCUAUCGGCCGCCUGGGCCACGGGGGGCCCCUGGAGAUCGCUGUGGCGCCGACCCACCUGGCCCGGCGCCUUGGGGGGCCCCGAAAAAGUGACCUUCCGUGCCCCAGCAGGCUCUAAGGCCAGCGUGGUGGCCAGUCACCUCCGAGUGGAGUUUGGGGGCCGGGCAGGGCUGGCCGCAGCCGGAGUGAGAGGACGCUGCCAGUGCCACGGCCACGCCGCCCGCUGCGCGGCCCGUGCCCGGCCCCCCCGCUGCCGCUGCCGCCACCACACCACCGGCCCGGGGUGCGAGAGCUGCCGCCCGUCCCACCGAGACUGGCCCUGGCGGCCUGCCACACCCUGGCACCCCCACCCUUGCCUACCCUGUUCCUGCAACCAGCACGCCCGCCGCUGCAGGUUCAACUCGGAGCUGUUCCGGCUGUCGGGGGGCCGGAGUGGCGGUGUCUGCGAGCGAUGCCGCCACCACACGGCCGGGCGGCACUGCCACUACUGCCAGCCAGGGUUCUGGAGGGACCCCGGGCAGCCUAUCACCAGCCGUAAGGCCUGCAGGGCCUGCCAGUGCCACCCCAUUGGGGCGACGGGCGGCACCUGCAACCAGACCAGCGGGCAAUGUUCCUGCAAGAUAGGGGUCACGGGCCUGACGUGCAGCCGCUGUGGCCCUGGCUACCAGCAGAGCCGCUCCCCCCGGAUGCCCUGCCAGCGUGAGUCCUGA